AUGUUUAACACAUACUCGUUAACUUGCUGUGUAGCAAAUGCUUUAACAGCUAUUGUUGGUGUUAUUCUUUUAAUCGCUGGAUUCAUUUAUGCUCGAGAUACAAAUUUUCUUCGCAGUUCAUGGAAUGAAAUAUAUUCAUUAUCAAUUUAUAGCAUUGUUAUUGGUAUAUUAGCUAUGUUAUUUGCAAUAUGUCUUUUUUAUGUUGCUAAUCGUAAACUUUCAGCAUCAACAAUACUCUUUUCUGUUUUAAUUCUUAUUGUUUUCGUCCUUGCUGUAAUAAAUCUUAUUAUACUUACAACGAGUGUCCGCAAUGUUAAAGAUGAUUCUUAUAAAAAGAUUGCCGAUCUUUUUCGUAACUAUUCAAAUUCGAAUUCAGUUGUAAGUUCGAAAGUAUCUUUUGGAGAAAUUCAACAAUCAUUUCAAUGUUGUGGUGUCAAAGAAGCAUUAGAUUGGAAAACACAACUAUCUAAUGGAACAAAUACUCCUGAUACAUGUUGCCGUACAAUAGUUCCAAAGUGUGGUGAAAAUGCUCUCAUUACUAAAGAUAAAAUCUAUCUACGUGGUUGUGCUGAACCAAUUUAUCUUUAUCUUCUCAAAAUAUAUUCUGCUCUUCUAGCAAUCGAUACAAUUCUUACAAUAUUAUUAUUCAUUAGUGCCGUAUGUGGAUUUAUUUGUGAACAAUAUAUUCGAGAACAAUAUCAAGCGAUGUGA